CCAUGUCACGUGAGCUUAUACAGGUAGUUAGGGACACUUGUGUGGAUAACCGCCAUGUCUGAUCACAAAAAGAAGCAUUUGACCAAGGCCCAAGUUGUCUUGCGUUGUCAUGUCUGUGAGAACCCUCUCCAGGUUCUCCAAAUGUACUGUAAAGUAUGCUGUAAAUAUUUAUGCAAAGCAUGUGUUUCCAAACAUCUGUCCAAUAAACCAAAAAAACAUAACUGUCCUAAACAUUCCUCAAACAUAACUGAAAAAAUUUGUGAACAAUGUGACUCUCCUAUCUGUGCAAUAUGUGCUUCUUCCAAGCAACAUAAAGGUCAUACAUUCGUUUCGAUUUUUGAAAACUAUGAAGAAAAGAAAGAGGUCAUUGAAAAAGAUUUAACAGAGUUGGAGAAAUCACUUUACCCUAUGCAUCAAGAGAUUGCAUCUAACAUUCUUGUUCAGAAGGCUAAUUUGAACGAAAACUCAAAACAAGUGUUAAAAGCAAUCGACAAACAUGGAGAAGAUUUACAUAGAAAAAUAGACACCAUUAUCAAAAAUCUGAAAGCAGAUCUUGAUGAAAUGAACUCCAAACACCUAGCUGUUCUGAAUAAACAGGAAGAUGAAAUCACAAGAAGAAUUUUGGAAAUCAGUCAAAGCAUUGCAAAUUUAAAGAAAAUUAAAUCCAGAGAGUUCAGACUUCCCCCUUCUUUCAAAUCCAGAAAUGCUAUAUUUAGAGAAAUACCGUUUGAUCAAAAUGUCUCUUUACCAAUGUUUAUUCCUAAUAGGAUAAACAAAAAGCAGUUAUACAGUCUGUUUGGUUUCUUAUCGGAUCAUACUACAAAAUAUGCAGGUGCUCAGUCUCUUACACAAGUCAGUCCUCAGAAAGACGAACCUCGAGUCAUUGCAGAAAUAAGGACGGAAUAUAAUGACGCUAACGAAUUGCGCAGCAUUUCUUGUCGGGAUGAUGGGGACGUCUGGACGUGUGGAAGUGACAGCAUAAUGAGACUCUGUAAUCUCCAGAAAGAAUUGAUAAAAUCAAUCCAAACAAUGUCGGGGGAAAUGCCAUUCGCCAUUGUAAUAACAAGAAGUGGAUAUCUUGCUUAUACAGAUAAAAAUGACAGGACUGUGAACAUAGUGAAGAAAACUCGAAUAGAAACAGCUAUCAUACUUCGUGGUUGGAGGCCUCUUGAUUUAUGUGGUACAUCUUCUGAUGACCUCCUUGUAAUCAUGGAAAGCGAUGAUUAUAAGCAAACGAAAAUUGCGCGUUACUGCGGCUCCACAGAGAAACAAAUAAUUCAAUUCGACGACAAAGGUGAACCUCUCUAUUCACCUAGUGGGUUCUCCAAAAAUAUCAGUGAGAACAUAAACCUAGAUAUCUGUGUGUCAGACUAUAAAGCCCGUGCAGUACUGGUGGUCAAUCAGGCUGGGAAACUCCGGUUUACCUACACUGGUCCUUCCUAUACAACUGCUAAAGGACCAUUCAAUCCAAAAGGCAUCACUACAGACAGCAAGGGUUGGAUUUUGACAGCUGACCCAAACAACCGCUGCAUCCACAUCCUGGAUCAGGACGGACAGUUCCUCCGCUACAUUAACAACUGUGAUUUGCAAGAUCCAAGUAGUUUAUCUGUGGACUUUAGAGACAAUCUUUUUGUAGCUCAGUGUAACACGGGUACAGUGAAGAAAAUCCAAUAUCAUUUUUGAAUAUAUGAAUAUUCUGUGUAUCCACUUAUUAUGAUUUUUUUAUAUGACUAUAUGUUAAAUAAAUAUUUGUACGCUAGUUAUAGGUUUGUUAAUGCAUGCUCGUUUCUGAAGCCCCUUUUACAAUUGGCGCUCAAGCAGAAACUUCAAAAUAUUCGUGAGACCGAAAAUAUUAGAUAUGGGUCGUAAACUGUUACCAAAACAAACGCAUAUGAAAAAGUACUCGUGCGAAACUCGCACGAUUUAGAGCGACCGUUGUGCGAUGUCAACGCAUUGAAUCUUGCGUUGUAGGAUAAUGCGAUAUGAUCGCACAAAUGACCAAAUGAUCCGACGAUUGAACAAGCGACAAUGCGAUACAUGUAGGACGUACGAGUAAGAGGGGGUAUACAAACCACCCAUUUUUGACGCUUGUUAGUAGGUUUAUUUGAAUGCAAGAAAAGAUACCGCCCAAGAAGACGACAAAAACAACAGCCAAAAUCAAGGUCAAUUGAUUGUGGCCAGAAACAGAUUUGCUUAUACGGUAUAUACUGUAUUAGAGAAUAAUUCGCCCCAUUUUAAUUUUCGCCUAUUUCGCUCUUUCUGUCAGUAAGCGGAAUAAGACUAAGCGAAUCCAAAUGUCUCAUAUAUUUUUUUCUUUUUUACCACAAAGGUGUUGGGGCGAAUUUGAGACAAGCCAAAACCGCACGUAGAAGCAAAAAAAUUACGAAACGAAAAUAAACCUGUAUCCAGUAUAAACUAGUGGGAACACAUGAAAACUGAAAUUGAUAAAUCUUGCAAUGAUAGUCAAACGUUGCAAGAUUACAUGAGAAACAAUGAGCAACAGUCUCAUGGACGCACAGCAAACGCAUAAACAGCUGCAAUUUAUCUUAUGAUCUUUAAAAAUCGUGCAUCGCUCUUGCUAAUACACAAAACGUUCGUACGUUGCAUUGCAAAAAUUUGGAUCGCAUUCGGUCGCAUCUGAUUUGUGCCCACUAUUUUGAGGAGGCUUG